AGUCUUCAUUUCAAUUUCAAACGUCGAGGCAAUCGGACGCACGCCGGCUCGUCGCAGUUGUUGUUGUUUUCGUAUUUCGUAUUUCCAAACGCGCGUACUGAAAUUCGAACGGGAGAGAUCGUGAGAUCGGUGGUUUAUGUUUAUAUAUUUAUGCGGGAUUGAGAUACCUAACCGUGUGCUUGCGUGAUGAUACCAGCAGGAUAUCCUUGGGUCUUCGAGUGAAAAUAAUGAGUGUAAAUGGAGAAAAGUAAACUAAGAGCGAUAAGGUUACAGAUGUCCUAAGCACACAAACACACACACAGAGAAGGACACAAGCAGAGACACACAGCCAACGCAGGGAUAUUGCGGCAGGGGCUGGGCAUGUAACUGGAUCCUGGAUACAUGUUGGCUCCUAAGACAACAGCUCGGCAAAGGCAGGAGCGGGAGCAGCAGAAGGAGCAGGACGAGCAGGACGCCGUAGUUUCCCCUUAAAACCACCUGUAUUUCUGAGCAGGUAGUGUACACAGAAAUCGUCUCAAGUCGAUAAGCAUAUGUGCCAGACCUUAAGGCUAUUAAUGCUAUGAGUGUGCGUCAGAGAUAUGAACACUUUAGUCAAACCAUGGACACUUUUCGUGGCUUGACAGGCCGCUUUGUGGGUUCUCGUUUUAUUGCCAAGUCCGCAAAUUGCCAGGCCAAAGACGUAGAAAGAUCGUAUUCACCACGUCAACAAAGCGAGUGUGCAGCUAAUGCUAAUGCCUGCAGUUAGCUCGCCAUCGCCACAACGCCACGUCACAUUGCAGGUGCAGCAGUUGCACAGGAAACGCAGGAGCAGGAGCAAGAGACACCUACUCCUCCUUCGUCACACUGAGAACCCCCUCAAGGCGCAGCAUGGCGGUGAUUAAUAGAGCCGGAAGUGUGAUUACCCUGCUAGUUGGCCUUCAGGUCAUCUGCUUAUCUCUUAUGGUCACCGGAGAGCUGCCGCAGCUGGACUAUGGCAGUAUGUCCGCCUCCCUGGAGGAGGAUGCAAUUGACCCACUCACAGCACUGGCUCCCUUUGCCAACUCUUUGGUUACCGAGGAAUCGGCGCCGCAAAAGCAUCACUUGGAGCUGCUGAGUAACAGUAGUGAAGAGGAGAAUCCGGCACGACCUCCAGUGGGCGUUCCAUCCUCCUCCUCUUCGUCCUCAUCCUCCUCAGGGGCGACGGCAGCAGGCUCAGGAACCCUGCUAGAGGAGUUCAACAGUGGCAAACUGAGUCCUGGAGAGGCCAGCAAUACGCUACCCAUCUUCCUCAGCGAGCCGGAGAGUGUUUUUGUGGUCAAAAACCGACCGGCCAUCCUCAAGUGCAAGGCCUCGCAUUCCCUGCAGGUGAUCUUCAAGUGCAGCGGCAGCUCACAGCCCCCGCCCUCGACGCACGAGACUCAUGUGGAUCCACACACUGGCGUCAACAUGGAGGAGGUCACCGCCACCAUACACCGGGACCUGGUGGACGAGUUCUUUGGGGAUGGACCCUUCAAGUGCGAGUGCCACGCCUGGUCGUCGCGUGGCGUGGUCAAAAGCCAGGCGGCCACCGUGCACAUAGCCUAUAUUCGCAAGUCCUUCAACCAGUCGCCCACCUCGCUGCGCCUGGAGCUGGGCAGCCGGGCGGAACUGCGCUGCGAGCCACCCGGCGGCUUCCCCGAACCGAAGCUCACCUGGCACAAGAACAACGCGGUCAUCACCGCGGAAAGCGAGCCCGGGAUCAGCGUUACGGGCGGCAUACUCACCUUCCGCCAGGUGGCACUGCAGCACAUGGCCAACUACAGCUGCAGUGCGGAGAAUAUAGCCGGCAGACGCAUCUCCGAUUCCGCGGUGCUCAUCGUUUAUGUCAACGGCGGCUGGAGCACCUGGAGUCCAUGGCGCGAGUGCAAGUGUGCGGGCAAACCGAGCCAGGGACGAAAACGGUCGCGUACCUGCAACAAUCCGAUGCCGCUUAAUGGUGGUGCCCAGUGUCCGGGCCCCCAGAUCCAGAAGUCUGCCGACUGUGCCGCCUGUCCAGAGGACACUCAAAUCGUCAGUCCUGAUGGAUUUGACAUUUCGUCGAGUAAGCGCAUGGCCCGCUGGUCGCCGUGGAGUGACUGGAGCAUCUGUUCCGCGGAAUGCAUUCAAGUGCGUCGCAGGAAAUGCCUGAGUCAGGGCCUCCAGACACCAAAUCCCGAUGGCGACGAGAGCAGCGAACUGCUACUGGGCUCCGGCGUGGGCAUGGCCGCACUCAGUGCUGCUGGCGCUGCCUCCGGUGGAGGAAGCCCCGGCGAGACGGCUGCUGGAUCCAGCAGCUCCUCCGACAGUAUCGCAGGAUAUGGCAAAUCAUUGUGCACCGGAAAGGAUAUACAGACAGCCGAAUGCCGCGGCGAACAGUGCCAGAUUGGCAAGGAUGAUUUCGAUUGGACCCUCUAUCUGGGACUGGCCUUCAUAACCGCGGUCUGCUUCGCCUUUGGCGCGGCCCUCAUCUGCUGUGCCCGCCGUGGCAUUCGCACCAAUCCCCACUACAACAUGGCCCGCUCAGUAAUGGACGCGGAUUAUAUGCCCGGCGUGGUGGAAAAGAAGGAGAUGCGCAUGCACAUCGAGGCCAGCAACAUGGGUUACGAUUACGUCAAUCCCGGACAUCGGUACUUGCCCAGCAUGGGCAUGGGCAUGGGAUGCGGCAGCAUCGGCGGCGGUGUCACCGAGCACCACUACGAUGUGCCCAAUCUGUCCGCCAACUACACCAACCCCAUUGAUCAUCUCAGCGUGGAUUAUUUGUCUGAAACCGGAGAGUCCUCCGCAGCAGAUACCUCCAACUCCACCUUUGACAUGAACAACAAGCUCUCCAUACUGAACGCCUCCAAGAGCAGCAGCUACGAGCUCUUGGGCAGCUCUGGAGGACAGCUGCGUUUGUACGGCGGAGAGCUGUUGCUCUUUGUGCCCGAGCACGCCAUUGGCAAGCACUCGAAGAAGCAUGUGUCCCUGCUCCUGCUGAGCGACGAGUGCAGCCGCGUUUCCUGCGCCACCGAGAGCUCCAUCCUGUGCAGCAGCGUGGUGCACAGUGCCCCGCGUAACUAUAGCUUUGUGAAGCCGGUGAUCCUGAAGAUACCUCAUUGCCUGGUGGCGCCGGAGCAGUGGCAUGUCCACAUCUACCAUGCGGAUAGCGAGCACGACGAGCUAAGCGUAAACUGGCGACGAGCGGUGUCCGUGGGCGAGGAGACCAUCAACACGCCCAUGUUUGUGCAGCUAGAGUCGCGGCAUGUCUUUAUUAUGACGGAGCAGUUGGGCCACUUUGCCGUGGUGGCGGAACCUAGGAUCCAGCAGCCCUCCAUCAAGAUGAAGCUGCUGGCCUUCAGUCAACACACGCCACCGAGCAGCGCCAACUGCAGUCUAAGGAUCUAUGUGGUCAAGGAUCUGCCCAAUAGCCGCGACAUCUGCUCGAACGUGGAGGCCAAGCUGGGCGGCAGUUUCCUGGGCGAGAGCCAGGUCUUUGUCUUUACCCUGAACAGCCGGAACCUUAAUAUCCGCGUGCGAAGUGCCGAUGUGGAGGCAGCGGCUCCCUACGAGCACGCCAUACCCUACCAGCACAUCCUCAGCAACAACUCUAUUCUGCACUGCGAGUUCAGCCUACGACGGCAGGAUCAGACCACACUCUGCGUGGACUUUGGCCAGGGUAGCGAGGAUGAUGCUGAUAUAUAUACCUUCAACAUUCCGGCCCACUCGCUGAGCGGCUCGGCGGAGGAGCUGGCCUCCACCACGAACACCACCAUCUCCAUCGACCGGCAGGGCAACUAUGUGAACGAGAGCUGUGUGAUGGACUUUGUCCAGCUUCCACAUGCCACCAAGCGUCUGAUCUGCGCCGCCCUGGAUCCACCGCGGGCCGAUGAGCGCGACUGGCGGCUGCUGGCCAAGAAGCUCAAUACGGAUCGGUAUAUAGCUUAUUUUGCCACCAAGGCCUCGCCCACCGAACAGAUCCUGAACCUGUGGGAGUGUCGGGCGAAUAGCUCACCCGGUAAUAGUUCCAACUCGGUUUCGCACACAAUAAUGAACCUGUUGCUCACGCUCAAGGAGAUGGGACGCCAGGAUGUGUUGGACAUAAUCGUGGAGACGAUUGGUCCGCUGUGGUUCUAGAGGAAGCCAUGGAGUUAAUAUCCUCUGUUUCAAAUUUUGGCUAAUAUAUAUUCUUAAUGCCAAAAGGGAGUGAUACUUGAAACAAACUAAGCGUUGAUUUUCUUUGUUGAUUUUUGCUAAAAUGUUUCCCUUUUUCGCCACCAACGAAUCUUUAAAACAUUUUCCCUUUUUAAAAUAUUUAUAAUGUUCCCAAAGAAAAUACUUACAACACCUAAGAACUGAAGAACCACCUGGAAAGAUUGUUAACGUGUUUAAUAUUGGUAAAAGCAGCAGCAGUCCCCCAAUUGUUGUUGAAAACAAAACAAAAAAUGUUCAUGAGUUGCCUUUUAUUUACAAAAUGUAUGAACGACACACGAAACGAAAACUGGAAAACAUUGAAUCGAAAAUGAAAGUAAAAUUGAAUCAAAGUGUAGCCUGUAGUCAUUAGUCUCUAAGUUAAGACAGUAAAUUGCUCAACGAACACUGUUCCCUAUGGGUGCCAUGCAUUUUAUACACUAAACGAGGACGAGGGAGGCGAAAGGUAGAGAUUAAUUAUACUUGUGGCUUAGCAAACUUAUAGUUUUAAACACUAAACUGUAGUAUUAUGUACGAUAUGACAGCUGUAAGAUACGAGUGCAGGAUCUGUGGCAAAAUAUAUAUUUAGAGUUAAGUUAUGGGGAGUCCUUCUCCUCUAUAUUAUGCCUGAGUUGUAAACUGUUUUGCCAAAUCGUUGAAUUUCUCAGACGACUCUAGUUAAUGGUGGACAGCAUUUAGUAAUCAAAACUAAGCACACAAUAUAGGAAAGGUUUUGUAAUAACAAGGUGGAGAGGGUUUAGAUCGUGGGAUGUUAUCCAUGUUAUUAUUACAAGACCUUUGCAUAUACCCAUACGUAUGUAGCCUCUCAUAUACAUAUAUAUAUAUACCGCGUAUUUGUAUAUUUAGUGUACGUACCACCUAGUUAUAGUUACGAAAAAGAAUAGAAAACAAAACGAGUAGCUUGUUAGACAUACUCAAGUGAUAACCUUUGUAUUUGUCUUUAGUUGUAAGUCUGAUCCUGUCGUUUAAUCGUUAAUCAAUUAAGCAACGUAUACUUAGAGGACCCACAAGCAGAAAAAGCAGAGUUCAAUAAAGAGAAACGA